AUGGAUAAACUUGAUUUCCCACAAAGGCUGUAUAGUGUAGGCCAGGAACCUUUUCCGAAUAAAAGCAUUGCCUACUACAGCAAUGACAGCAAGCUCUUCCCUGCUCUUAAAGAAGCACUCGAGGCAGAUGAAUGGGAGGAGCUCAAGAACUCGAGACUUGACUGCAAGAAGAAGUUUGAGUUGUGGAGUCUCGUAGGUGUUGAACCAUUGAGGUUUUCUCUGCAUGAAUUUGAAGAGAUAACUGGCCUGAACUGCGAGUAUGUGAAGAAUCUCGAGAAUCCGUUGGUUGAGAACAUGUCUCGAGAUGAUCGGCUGCGUUUAGGGUAUCUAGCCAUCUACGCUGGCUUCAUCGAAGCAAGAAGAACCUCGUCACCCACACGGGCUAGCCUGGCUAGGUUAGUGAUGGAUCUAGAUGCUUUUGAAGAUUAUCCGUGGGGAAGAGUAGCCUUUAAAUUCUUGAUGGAGUCGGUGAAGGGUGUAGACUUGACAAAGACGUAUGCUAUUGAAGGCUUUGUUCAGGUUCUUCAAGUCUGGGUCUACUGCUGUCUCCCUGAAUUCGGAGCUGGGUAUGGUCUCCCUAUAGAAGGUUCUCCGACCCCACCUCUACUUGCCUUCUUAGGUGCCAAAGGCCAGAGAAGACUCCAGGAGAAUAUCUUGAAACAGACUAAGAACUUUGCUAUGAAGGAUUACUCUGAAAUGUUCCCUCGCUGGGAUGGUGAGCUGGAAGAUGAGAAGGCUGAUAACAUAGUGAAGGCAAUGUUUUCUUCAGGCUGGGCGUGGGAACAAAGUCACUGGCCUCUUGUCGGAACAAAACUGUGGACAAAUGUGAAGGUGGAGAUCCAUCCGAUGAAGACAGAAGCUGGUCAGAUGAUGCGAAGCUUGAAGACAGUGUCCCCUUCUCGCACAGAGUCUGAUGCAGAAUCACGCAAAAAGGCUCGUGAGUCCCCUGGCCUGGAUGUGGAGACCAUGAAAGGAGAAAUAGUUCGUUGGCUAACUGGCCUGACUUCUAAUAUGGUUGAGGGGCUGAGCAGAUGCGAGAACACUCUGAAGACACAAUCCCACAUGAUUGAGGGCCUUACAACUCAAGUGGGAGCUGUUGAGAAGAUGGUGCGUGAAGGUUGGAAAGAAGACCACACCAAAGCUGGUUCAUCUACUGAUGUACCUGAGGCAAACAAAUCUGAUGGAGACAAAGCUAAGAAGGACAGCGCUGAAGGAAGCAAAGGUGAUGAAAGCAAAGGUGAGGAAAGCAGAGCCGAGGAAAGUAGAGCCGAGGAAAGCAAAGCUGCGGAAACAGCUCCCAAAGGAAUGACAACAAGAGCCAAAGCUAGAGACACCCAAGCCACUGUGAGUGAGAGCGAAAAUGAGAAUGGAGGCAUAAGUGUGGUUGUAGUAGAUAAAGAACAAUCACACAUUGAUUAUGGUUCUGUGAAAAAACUGAAACAAGUUGGUAAACUGAGAGCUGCUCGCAUUGUGGCCCGUGCUAAGAGUGAGCGGCAACGUAGGCUUGCUGCAACUCAGCAGUCUCCUUUUGAUGGAAACAGCACGGCAAAGGUUAUUAUACCUAACCAGCCGAAGCAAGGCCAGGGAUAUAACCCAUUUGCUAAUCCUGAUCGCCAAAAGCUCUCUGCUCUUCUUAAUUGGGUGAAACUUGACCCCAAAUGGCGACAGAAGGUCAAAGGUUCAUCAAGUGAUUGGUUCUACAUACUACUAACUCCUAAAAAAUGGUUGAUUGACACGCACAUGGAUGCUGGCAUUAAUCUUUUAAGGCUCCGAUACACAAAGCACCCUGAAUGGUUUAGGUCGGACAGAAUUUGCAUGUUGGAUGCUGUAUUUACUCAAAUGUGGACAGCAAAGUACUCAGAGUUUCUGGCCUCUCCUGCCAAUCCUGACGGCUCAGGUAAACUACUCCCUCCUGGCGCCUUAGACUACUACACAGGCGAGGAACCAGCGUAUAGCAGAUCAAAUAAGACAUGGGCACUGGAGAUUCAUGAUAUAUAUGCACCAUUAUUGGUCAAGAACGAUCAUUGGGUAGCUUGCUGGAUAUCAAUCCCGAGGAGACGCAUAGUCAUUUGGGAUAGUGAUCUUGCUUACGCUACGGAUGCAGAAAUUGCUAAGGCCGUGAAGCCUAUUGCACACAUGCUGCCGUACAUGCUGCGUAUGUUAUCUACCGGUGCGGAGAGGGAGUUGUACACGGUUGAUUUCACACAUGAGCGUGAAUCCGGGGUGCCACAAAACAAACAAAGUGGUGACUGUGGAGUGUAUUGCUUGAAGUAUAUAGAAUGUCAUGCACUUGGCAUGCCAUUCCCACCUCAUGAGCUGUGUGAUAAGAAGAUCAAGACAAUCAGGUCUCAGAUGGCGAGUGAGAUAUUUGAUGAGACCAGGAUAAACAGCACAGAGAAACGUGAUUACAAGCAUCUCGGUGUCUAUGAAUAA